AUGUUUUCUUCACUGUUUUACAUUGCUCUUUUGCUAUUUCUCCUCUAUGGAGUGUCUUUGGCUGUGGACAGCAUUAAUCCACUCCAAUUCAUUAGUGAUGGAGAAACCUUGGUUUCUAAGGAAGGAGUGCUUGAGUUUGGUUUCUUCAGUCCCGGAAAUUCCAAGGGUCGUUAUGUCGGAGUUUGGUACAAGAAAAUCCCAGUUCAAACCGUUGUUUGGGUCGCAAACCGAUGCAGCCCACUAAAUGACUCCUCUGGCUUGUUGAUGAUAAACAAGAAAGGCAAUCUUGUGCUUUUGUAUCAGAACAAGAGAGUUGUUUGGUCAACGAGCUUAGCGAAACAAGCCCAAAAACCAAUUCUACAGCUUCUAGAUUCUGGAAAUCUUGUGGUACAAGAAGAGCAAAAUGGAAACUUGGAGGGCUAUUUGUGGCAAAGCUUUGAUUAUCCUGGCAAUACAAUGUUACCAGGGAUGAAACUGGGGUGGGACUUAAGGAAGGGUUUUAAUCGGUUAUUUUCAGCGUGGAGGAAUUGGGAUGACCCUUGUCCCGGAGAUUUUACUUGGGGUAUUGAAAUUGAUGUUCAACAACACACCUUUCCUGAUAUAUAUAUGUGGAAAGGCGGGGAAAAAUAUCAUCGAGCCGGGCCUUGGAACGGACUUGGUACAAGUGGUAUGCCAGUGUCUAGGCCAAACUACCUUUAUGACUUUGACGUCAUUUACGACGAAGAAGAAGUUUAUUACACCUUCAACCUCAAGAAGAAGUCUCUGAUCACAAUAGAAGUUUUAAAUCAAACAACUUUAACGGUCCAACGACUUACAUGGGUCGAAGCAGUGAAGAAUUGGCAGAUUUACUAUUCCGUGCCUACAGAUCAGUGUGACAACUAUGGUCUAUGUGGAGGAAAUGGGUAUUGUGUCAUAGGUGGGAACCCGGCGUGCCAGUGUUUGAAAGGAUUCAAGCCAAAGUCUGAAGAAAAAUGGUAUUCGACGGAUUGGUCAGAAGGGUGUGUGCGCAAUACUCCACUAGACUGCGAAGAUAAAUACAAAGAUGGCUUUGUCAAAUUCGUUGGCAUGAAAUUGCCAGAUACUGCGUAUUCUCGCUCGAAUAAGAGCAUGAACCUAAAGGAAUGCAGGGCUAAAUGCUUGAGCAAUUGUUCUUGCAUGGCUUAUGCAAACUCUGACAUCAGAAAUGGCGGAAGUGGUUGCAUCAUGUGGUUUGGUGGUCUGAUGGAUAUGAGAAUAGUCACUUCAUCUGAACAGGCUCUAUAUGUUCGAAUGCCUGCUUCAGAGCUAGGAAAGUCUAGUACUAAGGUGAGAGCUGUGAAAGUAGUUGCUAUCAUUGGACUUGUUUCUGGGGUGCUCUUACUUGGCUUUUUCAUUUGGAGAAAAAAGUUCAAAGAAAAAUAUAGGAAAACUGCAAAAUAUGGAGAACAAGAGGAAGAUCUAGAGCUUCCCCUGUUUGAAUUAUCAACUAUAAUCGCUGCCACCAGUAAUUUUUCGCUGAGCAAUAAGCUUGGGCAAGGUGGUUUUGGACCUGUGUACAAGGGAACGUUAGAUGAUGGACAAGAAAUUGCUGUGAAGAGACUUUCUAUCAGUUCCGGUCAAGGAAUAGACGAGUUCAAAAACGAAGUAACCUUAAUUGCAAAGCUUCAACAUAGGAACCUUGUAAAGCUUCUUGGUUUUUGCAUUCAGGGAUUAGAGAAACUACUGGUUUAUGAAUAUAUGCCUAACAAAAGCCUUGACUUUUUCAUUUUUGAUCAAACUCAAGAUAUACUCUUAGAAUGGUCCAAGCGCUUCAAUAUCAUAUGCGGAAUUGCUCGGGGGCUUCUAUAUUUACACCAAGAUUCAAGAUUGAGAAUUAUACACAGAGAUCUAAAAACUAGUAACAUUUUACUUGAUAAUGAGAUGAACCCCAAAAUUUCAGACUUUGGCUUGGCAAGAACUUUUGGAGGAGAUGAUGGUAAGUCAGAAGGAAAGACAAAGCGGGUUAUAGGAACUCAUGGUUAUAUGGCACCAGAGUAUGUUUGCAACGGUCGAUUCUCAACAAAAUCUGAUGUCUUUAGUUUUGGUGUGAUGGUCAUAGAAAUUGUAGGCGGAAAAAGAAGUACCAGCUUUUCUCUUCAAAACGAAGGCCUUACACUCACUGGACAUGCAUGGACAUUGAUGCAACAAGGCAGGGCAAUUGAAUUGCUUGACUCACGCUUAAGGGAUUCACACCACGAUUUGCAGGAAGUGUCCCGAUGCAUCCGUGUCGGUUUGUUAUGUGUGCAACAACGCGCUGCGGAUAGGCCAAGCAUGUUUUCCGUGAUUGUGAUGCUAAGCAGUAAUAGCAGUUUAUUACCUUGUCCCAACAGGCCUGGCUAUUUCAUGGAGACAGAAUUACCACAACGAGAUUGUGAUCCACUUCUAACUAACACUAUAACCAUAUCAGGGCCAGAGGCUAGGUAGGCAUUAAUCACUAACCGAACGUAUAUAGCAAAUAUUCUUCAUCACCCUCAAUGGUUUGAUUUUAUUAGUUAGAUUAUACAUUUUGUAUCCCAUUUUUUGCAAGCAUAAGCACACGAUUUUGUAA